GGGAAACCACGUCGCGCUAACGUAUUUGCUCUGCGCUGUUGCAGCCUUCGCGUACUAUUCAUCUCCUCUAGAUCCUCGACCUUUCCACCUAUAUCCCUUUCUUAUUACCGUCCAGCAGUCCAUCUUCGCGAAACGAGCUUGGCGCAACACGAUCCACCAUGGCCAACUAUCUCGCCUCCAUCUUCGGUACAGAGCAGGACAAGGUCAACUGCUCCUUCUAUUACAAAAUCGGAGCUUGCAGACAUGGCGACCGCUGCUCCCGAAAGCACGUUAAGCCGUCAUACUCUCAGACGAUCCUGAUGCCGAACAUGUACCAGAAUCCCGCGUACGACCCGAAGAGCAAGAUGAACCCCAGUCAGCUACAGAACCACUUUGAUGCUUUCUACGAGGAUGUGUGGUGCGAGAUGUGCAAGUACGGCGAGUUGGAGGAGUUGGUUGUCUGCGAUAACAACAAUGACCACCUCAUCGGAAAUGUCUACGCGCGCUUCAAAUACGAAGAAGAUGCCCAGGCCGCCUGCGACGCUUUGAAUUCACGGUGGUACGCGGCACGACCUAUAUAUUGCGAAUUAUCACCGGUUACAGAUUUCCGAGAAGCUUGUUGUCGGUUAAAUAGCGGCGAGGGGUGUGUACGUGGUGGAUUCUGCAACUUCAUUCAUCGGAAGGACCCCAGCAAUGAAUUGGAUAGGGAUCUUCGUCUCAGUACGAAGAAGUGGCUGAAGGAGCGUGGCAGGGAUGCGAGAAGUGUCAGCCGCAGUCCUAGUCCGGAGCCGACCCGGAGGAGGUACUAGGAGGGCUCUGUGAUUUGGAUUGUCCUUUGUGUUGUUCUAUAUGCGGCGUUGGGGGAGAAUGACCAUCAUCUGUCAGCUGUAUUUCUAUUUUAGUUUCUUUACGCUAUGAUAUCAACUGCAUUUGCGAUAUCCGCAAUAUGGUUCUGGAUUGUGUUAAGGAAUGAAACAAUUCUUAUCUUAUA